AUGUCUUUCUCAAUCCCCUAUACUAAAAUUAAUCCUGAAAUUUAUCGGCCAGGUGAAACUGUCAAACUUACACUGCAAUUAACGGACCAAGAACAAAAGAUUCGUGAUCUAGUUGUACUUUACUGCAAAUAUUACAAUGAGACUAAAAAAAAUACCUCCCAAAAUAUUAACGACUCUUCAGAACCAACAGAGCCACUUAUAGCUCGCAUCACUGGUGGUUGGGUUCGCGACAAGCUGUUAGGCAGACAGUCGCAUGAUAUUGACAUUGCUAUUAACUCGCUCACAGGCCUAGAUUUUGCUGAAGGCAUGAUUGAUUAUAUUUUGACUCAUGGAGACGUGUUGACAGAACAUGGGCUUGGGCCUAUAGAACCCCGGAGCAUUCACAAAAUUGAGCGCAACCCGGAAAAGUCAAAACAUCUCGAGACUGCUACUACCAAACUUUACGAUCUUUUUAUUGAUAUUGUUAAUCUACGCUCCGAGGAAUACGCAGAAGACAGCCGCAUCCCUACUAUCAUGACUUUUGGAACAGCUGAACAAGAUGCAUUCCGACGAGACGCUACAGUCAAUGCUCUAUUUUAUAACCUGCAAGAAAAUUGCGUCGAAGACUUGACAGGUCGUGGUUUACAAGACCUGCGCGAUGGUAUCAUUCGUACACCUUUACCUCCCUUUGAAACAUUUAAUGAUGAUCCUCUACGUGUUCUACGCUUAAUUCGCUUUGCAUCAACUUUUGGCUUUCAAAUCGCUUCAGAAACCCUUGACGCCAUGUCAGAUCCACGCAUUAAAGAAGCCCUCAUGCUUAAAAUCUCCCGUGAACGUGUUGGUGUUGAACUUGCAAAGGCUCUUACUUCAACCCGACCCCAAGUCUGCCUUAUGCUACUUCAUUACCUAAACCUUCACAAUGCUGUUUUCUAUCUCCCAGAAGGAUACCAUCCUAAAAACAUCACUGGAUCAAAAUCUGUCGAACUUCCUGAAGACAAUUCAAUCGAAGCUGUGGCUUCGGCCAAAAUAGCAUUUCAAAAGGCACACCCCUACUUGGCUCAACAAAUUGCCGGCCCACAACCAGGUACAAGUGAAAGUGAAUCAACCAUAGCGACCGCCAAAAAACUCCAUUUUUGGCUUGCUCUCGCGCUUAAUCAUCUCGAAGGUAUUCUUGGUGCAACCGACAAACCCCGUGAAAGUCCGUUAAUUGCGCUUGCUGCCGCACGCAUUAUUCGUGUUGGUGUCAAACUUUCAUCUCAUGAUGCUGACACAGUUGCACGUUGUCACCUUGCUCAUUCUCAAGAUUUGUCUUAUUUUGGUGUGCCUUCAUCAAAACUUACUGGAAUGGACUAUGUGCGUGGUGCAUCACGCAAGGAACUAGGAUUAUUGGUUCGAAAAUGUGGACAGCAAUGGGGUCUUUUAUUUUAUUAUUGUUUGGUCAAAGACCUUACAAUUUUGUAUGAGCGAACUGGACUGGCUCAAGAGUUAAGCGAAAGAGAAGAAGAACCUAAAGGCACAGCCGAAGUGCUUGAGUUUUAUCAUUCGCUUGUCGAACGUAUUAUCACUGAGCUUGGACUUGCUGACGCGUGGGCGCUUAAGCCUAUUCUUAAUGGCAAAGAUGUGCAAUCUGUAUUUGGAGCGAAAAAGGGUGGCCCAUGGCUUACCAAUGCUCUUGCUGCACUUAUUGAGCUUCAACUUGAGAAUCCAGAUACCACUAAAGACUCUGCCAAAGCAUACCUUUUAGAAAACAAGUCCAAGCUUUACCCGGAAUAA